UCAGCACUUUUACUUUCAAACAGUUUCUGGUUUUCAUUAGCAUUUACAUUGCUUUACUGUAGAUUUAAUCAUAUAAAACGAUUGUUUGUUCCAUAUUCAUCUAUGAACUUCGCUAUCUGCUUAAUGCUAGAAUUAAUUACUGCCUCCGACUGAUAACCCCAGAGAUCGAGAGCGUAGUUCCUACUUCCUCGGAAUCGCAUCUCUAUUCUAUUAGGGGUACUACUUAUGGUGCAGAAGGUGAGGUUUCCCCCUUGUUUUUGAUGAGUGGGAGAGAACUCAUUGUAUGUUCUGAAUCUGGGAACUAAAACAUAAAGGGCGAAAUCUUGUGAAGUAAGCAGCUACAAUGAUGAUGAACAAGUCACUUUUCUUGACUUACCUUUACCUAUUAAUCUACAUUUUGCUGUCAUCUGGAGUUAUUCUGUACAACAAGUGGGUUCUCUCUCCAAAAUACUUCAAUUUUCCCUUUCCUAUCACUCUCACUAUGAUCCAUAUGGGCUUUUCUGGAGCAGUAGCAUUCUUUCUUGUUCGUGUUUUUAAGGUUGUUACUCCGGUUAAAAUGACGUUUGAAAUAUAUGCAACAUGUGUAGUUCCCAUAAGUGCUUUCUUCGCAUCAAGUCUCUGGUUUGGCAACACUGCAUACUUGCAUAUAUCAGUGGCCUUCAUUCAAAUGCUGAAAGCAUUAAUGCCAGUAGCAACACUUAUCAUGGCAGUCCUAUGUGGCACUGACAAGCUGAGGUGGGAUGUGUUGUCGAACAUGUUGCUGGUCAGUGUUGGAGUUGUGAUUUCUUCAUAUGGAGAAAUCCAUUUCAAUGUUAUAGGGACACUUUACCAAGUAACAGGCAUCUUUGCAGAAGCUUUGAGGCUAGUUUUAACUCAAGUCCUUCUACAAAAAAAGGGUUUAACCCUAAACCCUAUUACAAGUUUAUAUUACAUAGCUCCAUGCAGUUUUGCUUUCUUGUUUGUGCCAUGGUAUUUGUUGGAGAAGAGUAACAUGGAAGUUUCACAAAUUCAAUUCAACUUCUGGAUUUUCUUCUCGAAUGCUCUUUGUGCUUUAGCAUUAAACCUGUCCAUUUUCUUAGUAAUUGGAAGAACAGGAGCAGUUACAAUUCGUGUAGCAGGUGUCCUUAAAGAUUGGAUAUUGAUCGCUCUUUCAACUGUAAUAUUUCCAGAAUCUGCCAUCACCGGGCUCAAUAUUAUCGGUUAUGCCAUUGCACUUUGUGGUGUGGUGAUGUACAACUACAUAAAGGUUAGAGAUGUGAAAGCAUCAUCUCAAAUUCCUCCUGAAAGUAGUAUUAUCCCAGAAAGAAUGACUAAUGAUGAUGAUAAUACAAGGAGUAGUAGUGCAGUAGAUGAAGAGGCACCUUUAAUGGCAUCUUCAAGGCUCUCUCAUAUUGCACGUUCACAGCUUACUAGCCGAGAUGCAUGAUGAUGAUGAUGCAUCAUAUGUAUAAAACUAAUCUCGUGAAUUCAUAGGGGACAUACGUGUAUUUGUUUUUUUUUUUUUUACAUGGUUUUGAGGAUGGAAAAUUGGAUUAUUGUAUUGUAUUUUUACUAGACAGAUUUUGAAACAACACUCUGAGGAUUGGUUUUGGAUUUAUGAUUUACAAUCUUAGUUUUGAUCAA